GACUGGUUCUAAUUUCCCCCUCAUAUACAGUGACUUUGAAUUCAAUUCGACAACAAAAUAUACAAGUUAUAAAAUAUACAUACGAAAAGGCAGAGAACAACUAAAACACACAAGUUAAUUGCUCAGUUGUUGCUUGCAUUUGCAUACUAAGUAAAUCGAAGUUUUUAGUGACUUUAUUGGCGGGCGACUUCACUCAUUCGUGCCGUUCUGUGUUUUAAAACGAGCGGAAACAAUUUCGGGGUGAAACGAAAUAUUUGCAUAAAAUUGCUCUUAAAAAAAAACCAUAAAAUCAUCAUAGAGAACACAGCAGGAGAGUGCGUGAGAAUUUCUCAAGUGUGAAAGACUUAAGAGCCUUAACCCGUUUUUUGGUUUCGUGGUUUACAUAAUCGAGUGGAGUUUUUCCUCAAUUCCAAUCAAAAUGCAGCCCUUGGCCAGACGUUUCACACAAUGCGGCAGUCUCACAAUGCUUUUUGGAGUUUUCAUUAUACUAUUCGGUGUCAGCUCCACGGCAUUGACCACAUUUGGCAAGACCAAUAAUCAGCCGCCACCCACGCAUGUACCAAUUGUUAAAGGACGCGAGUGUAAUGCCCAUGAUGAUUGCUCGGCGAUAGAUCGUACCAGCUGCGUCAAGGAUCCCAACGAUUACAAAUUGCGUUGCCUGUGCGGAGACGAUUCGCCACCCUCGGCCGGACAAUGCCCGGAUGUGCUGAAAGGUCUGCGUCAUAAAUGUAACAGCAACAAUGACUGUGAGGAUGGCAUGGUAUGCCAAUUCGAGAAUAGCAAUCGCACCAUUGGCGUAUCCAAAUUUAUGUCGAGCAAGACUAAAUUGUGCCUCUGCGAUAAUGAUAAUGGCUACGUCGAGGAUAUAUUGCAUGACAUUUGCAGUGGAGCAAAUCUACAAACAUUGGCUAACAUUUUGGCAUCGAUCUGCUCCUUGGUGCUGCCCUUCGUUGUCUCUGCCCAUAUGCGAAAACAUUUCUAGAAGGCUAGAGACGUGUUCUGUGGAAAAAACAAUCGUUAAAAACUUUGCGUUUAUAUCCCUUUAGUGAUCCAUGAAAUGUGCCUCAAUAAACUCAAAUAAAUUGUAUGAUUUUUCCCCUUUUUGAUCCCUGCCAUUCCCUGAAAAUUGAAAAAUCAUUGAAUCUUUUUUGAAGAAAAUCCCCUAAAAAAAACAAACAUCAUCUUUAGUCCAAAUGUCGUGUUAUAUUGUAUAAGUUUCAUAAAUACCACCGUCAAUUUUAUUCGCUUCUCACACAAAGUCGCGUUGAAUAUUACAUAUACAUAUAUAU